GCACCACAGGAACACAGGGGUCCAGGUUCAUUCAGGCGACAUUGUGUACUACUGGUUAUAUUACAAAAUCAAUGGCAUGGGACAAGUCAAGACGGAUAUGUCCUACCUUUUCGGAAGCGGAAGCUCUGUCACAAGUAGCGCAGGAUCUGGGCACACUACUUUUGAGAGUUUCACUAAUUCAACAGGGCUAACAUCCAAGCCACCAAUACCAGGAGGACUGCAGCUUAUAUUUGAAGAUACUUUCGAUAAUGGUUUUGACAAAAGCAAAUGGACGAAUGAAAUCUCAGCUUUUGGUGGUGGGAACUGGGAAUUUCAAAUUUAUUCUCCGGAAACAACGAACACAUUUGUUAGAGAUGGUGUUCUUUAUCUUAAACCGACAACAACAGCAGAGAAAUUUGGCGAGAAUUUCCUUCAUCAUGGAGUCCUUGACGUUAGAAGAGAGUGGGGAUCUUGCACCAAAUCUGAAUUUUAUGGGUGCCUUAGGAACUCUAAAGAUGCAAUGAUACCACCAAUUAUGUCUUCAAAGGUUAUAUCAAAAGUUAGUUUCAAAUAUGGACGAGUUGAAGUUGUGGCUCAGAUGCCGAUCGGAGAUUGGAUAUGGCCAGCUAUUUGGUUGAUGCCAAAGGAAGAACAUUAUGGAGGAUGGCCAAUGUCUGGAGAAAUAGAUAUGGUGGAAACGAGGUGUAACAGGCAAUUUGGAGAUAUUGGAAUACAGCGUAUGAUGUCAACUCUUCACUGGGGACCUCACUGGGAUCAAGACCCUUGGCAGAAAACUACAGCUGCUAAAAAUCUAUCUAGUGGAAAUUGGGGUGAAAAAAUGCAUAAGUACACAAUGGAUUGGAAUGAAGAUCACAUCAUCCUGUCUGUGGAUGACGAACCUGUACUAACGGCAAACACACCACACAAUGGAUAUUGGGGACUUGGAGGAUUUUCUGGAAAUAACUUGUGGUCUAAUGGUGGUCGUGAUGCACCAUUUGACAGAGAAUUUUACCUCCAAAUGAAUACAGCAGUUGGAGGAACAAAUGGAUUCUUUCCUGAUGGUGUACAAAAUGCUGGCUACAAUAAACCGUGGGCAAAUCAUGACCCAAAGUCACCUGAAAAAUUCUGGAAUGCCCGUAAUCUCUGGAUGCCAACGUGGCAUGGAGAUGAUUCAGCACUCAAAAUCGACUCUGUUCGCAUUUGGAAGAAAGUUUAAAGUAUAUUGUAUUUGAACAAAAAUGGUUUGCAUGAUUAUGUAACACAUAUGUUGGUUUAAGGCUAUUAUGUUACUGUAAUGUAUGUGUACCGAUUUGAAAUAAAACUUCUAUGUUUUU